AUGACAGCAAACCUGUCUCUGUGGGUGUCCACACCUGCAUAUCCUCUACAGAAUGGCUCCAUCUUCUCCCUGCAGAACUCUUCUGCUUCACCCUCUCCUCCACCCUGGAAGGCUCCAUCCUUCACCAUAGCUGCCCGCUGCCGUGUAGCUGCCACGCUGGUGCUGUUUGUUUUUGCUGCUGUCAGCAACCUGUCAGUCCUGAUCAGCGUGUGCUGGGGACGCGGUUAUCGCCUGGCGGCCCACCUGCGCCCACUCAUUGCCAGCUUGGCAUCAGCUGAUCUGGUGAUGACGUUUGUGGUGAUGCCGCUGGAUGCUAUUUGGAACAUUACAGUGCAGUGGUAUGCUGGGGACAUCAUGUGUAAACUGCUUUGCUUCCUCAAGCUCUUUGCCAUGCACUCAGCAGCAUUCAUACUGGUGGUGGUGAGUCUGGACCGAUAUCGUGCCAUCCUUCACCCUCUGGAUUCACUUGAUGCUGGACUCAGGAACAAACGCAUGCUGCUGGUGGCCUGGACUCUGAGUCUGCUGCUGGCAUCUCCACAGCUGUUCAUCUUUCGGGCCAUUAAAGCUGAUGGAGUGGACUUCACUCAGUGUGUGACCCAUGGAAGUUUCCUGCAUCGCUGGCAGGAGACGGCAUACAACAUGUUUCACUUUGUGACGCUGUAUGUCUUCCCCCUGCUUGUCAUGACUUUCUGCUACACUCGCAUCCUCAUCGAGGUCAAUGGGCAGAUGCACAAGAGCAAAGAUGGUGAGCACUGUCUGAGACGUAGCGGAACAGACAUGAUACCCAAAGCACGCAUGAAGACCCUCAAGAUGACCAUUGUGAUUGUCAGCUCCUUCGUCAUCUGUUGGACACCCUACUACCUCCUGGGGAUCUGGUACUGGUUCCAACCAGCCAUGAUCAAGCACACACCAGAGUAUGUGCACCACAUACUGUUUAUCUUUGGCAACCUGAACACAUGCUGUGACCCGGUCAUCUACGGUUUCUACACGCCCUCUUUCCGGGCCGACCUCUCUGAUGUGGUGGCGUGCUGCUGCGGUGGUCGCCGAAACAGCAACGCCUCACCUCGAUCUGUGGAUCGUCUGUCGGGUCGAUGUGGAGGAGCCGCUGGGGAGAUGGAGUCUGAUCUGAGCUCAAACCAGCACAGUGGGAACCCUGGAUAG